GCCUUGGAAUACAUGCCCCAUUGAGGUCCAAGAAACACCCCUUUGAUCUAAUGAUGCACAGUUUGCUGGAGUGUUUAACAAACUGAAUCAUAUGUAUAGAGUUAGAGUAUUGUAUAGUAUUACUCUUUUUGGUCAUUAAAGCCGGUUGAACUUUAACUUUCAGAUCAUUGAAUUCCAUGACUUGUUCUUUUCUUUCAUAAUCUUUGAGCUGGAUUUGUUGACGCUUCUUGUGAUUUGCCAGCCACAAACUUGGUCGGUGCAUGUUGGUACAUGGUCACUUGUCAGUUUAUGUGUGCUUCCCGAUUUUCCCGAUGCUUCACUGCAGCCAUUUCCGCGGAAGCCCGACGGACGUCUCUUUUUUUUGGACCAGCCUACUUGGACGUCAUCCAGACUCGCUAUGGCACGUGGACUCCUGAUGUUGGCCUUGGCCGUGGCGGUCGUCGCGGUGCUCAACGUGCUCCAGACCGCCUUCGUCGGCUCUCCACGUUCAACACCCACGCGACAGCUUAGCUCGCGUGACCAGUCGAAGGUGUGCCGUUUUCCGGGCGACAAGCGAUUGAAGGACCGCUGGACCUCGGUGGGGAAGACGGGGAAGCUGACGGAUGCCAUGCGCCUGGUGGCCGCCGCCAAGGUCCGAGCAGCACAGGCUGGGGUGGAGAAGGCACGACCCUUCAGUGAUGAGUUGCUCUCGAUGAUCAAGGGUUUGGUGAAGAAGUUGAAGGGCAGCGGCUUGGAGGCCGAUUUGCCCAUGCUUCGAGUGCCGGACAAGGUGAACAACGUUGGAAUCCUGGUGAUCACCGCCCAGCGUGGCUUGUGUGGUGCCUACAACGCCUUUGUCAUGAAGAAGCUCAAGGCUCGUGUGGGCGAUUUGAACGAGCAGGGCAUCGUGCCGAAGCUCUUCAUCGUGGGAAAGAAGGGUGUCAGUGGCUUGAGGACUCGACUGAACGUCGAGAAGUUCAACUACACCGAGGAGUUCUGGCCCAUGCCCGACACCAUCACGGCCAAAGAGUCCACAGCCAUCGCCGAGACCAUUGAGAACUACUUCUUGGCUGGUGAGGUGGACAAGAUUGAGAUCUGCUACUCACGCUUCAUCAACUUGAUCUCCAAUGAGCCUGCGAUCCGCACCUUGUUGCCCCUGUCGGCCACCGGAAUGGAAGAUCCGGAGGAUGAGACCUUCAAGCUGACCACGGAGGAUGGAAAGCUGAAGGUGGAGAAGGAAAAGGUGAAGGCAGCCAAGGCCAAGGAGAUUGAAGCAGAUGUGAUUUUUGAUCAGCCACCACAGAUUCUCUUGAAUUCCAUGCUGCCGCUCUACCUGAAUUCUCAGCUCUUGUCCUUGCUCUAUGAUGCCCAGGCCUCCGAACUCUCCAGCCGCAUGAACGCCAUGAAGACGGCCACCGACAACGCCAAGGAGAUUCAGAAGAAGCUCUUGUUGGCUUACAACAAGAAGCGUCAGGCCGCCAUCACCGCCGAGAUCUGCGAGAUCUCCUCCGCGGCCAACGCCAUCGCGGCCUCGGACGCGAAGGGCGAAGCCGGGCCGAGCCUGGGCGUCAUGGACAACGAGGAGAGCGUGGCAGAGGACUUUGCCAAGGAGUUGGCCGGCGAUGAUGUGCCUGAGAUGCCCGUCUCCUAUGACCAAGCGUUGGACUUUGAGACACGACAGGACUUGAUUGCUUCCAAGAAGUGAGGAAGUGAGGAUAAAUGAAGUGAGGAACCACCCUCCGGUGGUUGGGGUCCCUGAAUCCCAGACCUGUCACACGGCAGUAGGGAAGAGAGAACGGAAGUGCAGGUGAGCGUGGCUCCGCGGCUUAGUUCUGUGAAUGGAGGAAGACACUGGCAAAUCUCACCAGUGGCCUUCAUGAUUCUCCCGAGGGACGAGCUCCUCGCGCCUCGCGGCUUCU